UGUGUUCUCUAUCCUGAGUGUGAGAAUCCCAAAACAGAUCUGCAUGUCAAUCCCAAGAAGCAAACAACAGGCAAUUCUUGUAAAGCCUGUGGGUACCGAGGCAUGCUUGACACGCAUCAUAAACUGUACAUUCAUCCUCAAAGACCCGCCUCUGGUACAGGAAAGAAAGAAAGAAAGAAAGAAAGAAAGAAAGAAAGAAAGAAAGAAAGAAAGAAAGAAAGAAAGAAAGAAAGAAAGAAUAGAAAGGGAAAGGACAAGGAAAAUGGCUCCGUAUCCACCAGUGAGACACCACCAUCUCCAUCACCAAGUGAAAUUAGUCCUCCACAUGCUGUGGAAGAAGAGGAAAAUGAUGACGGGGGGGGGGAGGAUACAGCUGAGGAAGCCCAAAGGUGCAGAAUGGAUGAAAUCAGUGACCAUGCGAAAGGUCUGACACUUAGCAAGGAUUUGGAAAGAAUUGUGGAAGAGUGUGUGAGCAUCCUGUUUGGUUUGGUUAAGAAAAAGAAAGAAGAGGGCAUUAUUGAUUCACCUGAUAAAGAAAUUGUGGCUGGGGCAGAAAGGCUGGAUGUAAAAGCCAGGGGCCUCUUUUUGACAGAGGUUCUCUUUGAUGAGAAGAUAAGGGAGCAGGUCAAGAAAUACAGACGCCAUUUUCUAAGAUGUUGUCAUAACAACAAAAAGGCUCAGCGGUACCUUCUUCAUGGUUGGGAAUGUGUGGUAGCAACGCAUGAAGCUCAGCCGAUCGCCAAGAUUCCACGUAUCUUGAAGGCGAUGUAUGAUCUUUUAGAAGAGGAGGUCAUUAUCAGCUGGUCAGAAAAGGCCUCUAAGAAAUACAUCUCAAAAGAACUUGCCAAAGAGAUUCGUGUCAAAGCAGAGCCAUUUAUUAAAUGGUUGAAGGAAGCGGAGGAAGGCUCUUCUUGUGGUGUGGAAGAAUAUGAAGAUGAAAAUAAUGAGGUGGUAUAUUCGAAGACUGCCAGUGUACCAAAAGUUGAAACUGUGAAGUCUGAAAACAAGGGUGUGGGAUACGGAGAUACUUCAGAUUGUGGCACAGCCAUUAACUAUGAUUUGUCUCGUGCUCUAGGAGGGGUGCGAUCUGAGCUCCCCUUCAUGGGCCUUAGAACCACAACCUUCCGUGCCUACUGUGCUGCUAGGCCCCUCCUAGCAGCAGGCGAAGCGGGCUCCGCCAGGCGCCCCCUGGCUGCGCGCCGGGCGCUGAGUCAGCUCAAACGCCCUCCGUCUAUGGCGGAGGCAGGUAAGCAGAAUGAAGAUGCCUUCAAGGCAGAGGCGCGGUAUUCAAGCACCAACACCCCAGUGCUGGAGCUGUGCAUGGUGUGGAUGCAUAAGGUUCUCGGGGAAGCUGGAUGGCUGGGGAAGUUAGAGGUGUUAAAUGGCCCGCAGAGCCAGGCGCCUGGUUAUGAGCGAGAGCUUUCCCUUGGCUCUCAGCAAGCAGGCAUGGGUGGGACUUAUGCUACCUGUCAGCAGGAUCAGCCUCAGCGGGAACCUACAAGUUUCGCCAUCCACCUUGUUACUGGUGAGCCAUUUUAUUUAGAUGCAGAACACGUGGUAGUGUGGAUCCCUGAGGGGGCUCUAGCUAGUGCUCCAGUGAGGGAGCAAGAGAAGGCGUUGGUGAAAGACAUUUCACAUCUUUUGUUCCGGGAGUGCGAUGUCAAGCCAUCGACGGUAAAUUGGAUAAGUAAUAACGUACUGGAUCAACCAGAAAACACUUAA